AUGAAGCGUCAAAGUAGUGGUAGAUGUAUUUUUGCGUUAUCGAUUGUUGUCGAGGGUUUCUUUUUCCAGGUGAUCGGAUUGGAAGGUAUACCGGUGUACACGCAUUUCUUCUUACACGAUAAUCGUUGGGCAUUCGGUGCAUUCCUAUGUGAUUUAUGGCUUUCCGUUGAUUACAUCGUCUGUCUUGCAUCCAUCUAUACAGUACUUGGGAUUACUGUUGAUAGAUAUUGUUCUGUGAAGCAUCCGGCCACUUACCGUAAUUGGCGUACAUCACAACGGGUUAUGUUAAUCAUUGCCGUUAUAUGGAUUGUAAGCAAAGGUCGAAUGCUGAAAGAAGAUGAAUGCUAUGUGCAGUUUAUGACGAAUCCGUAUUUGAAUAUGGGAAUGUACGUCUCAUACUAUUGGUCAACAUUAUUCGUUAUGCUCUAUCUUUAUUACGGUAUCUAUCGAGCAGCUAAGAAGCUUGCAAUGAAAAGCGAACAGAAGACGAAAAGAUUGGCAUUACUUACGGAGUUACGAAAGCCAGAUUCAUCAGCAAAGACCAGUGAUGCGAAUAAAAGCAGCUCCGAUUCACCAAACGACAACGACACCAACGACAGCAGCAAGUUCGUAGAGACGACACUAGUACUAUUACUGUCACUGAUACCAUUUUCACUCAAGAAAGCCGAAGUUUCUCAUUUCCUGAGCUGUAUCAAUCUCAUGUGUUAG